CUCAUCUUCAACCACCAGCGAUGUUUUGUGCACUUUCAGGAGAAGUGGCCAAGGAGCCGGUGCUUUCACCCAGGAGUGGUAAGAUCUUUGACAGAAAACUUAUCACCACCUAUGUGUCAACCAACAAUAAAGAUCCAAUAACUGAUGAACCAUUGGGAGUGGAAGAACUCAUUGCCAUCAAUGUCGAAGACCGAACAGUAGUACCACCCAAGCCUCCGUCGUUCAACUCGAUUCCAUCACUUCUUACGACUUUCCAAAAUGAAUUUGACUCUAUGGCGCUUGAGAUAUUCAGCUUGAGAAAGCUGUUGCACAAAGCCCGUCAAGAACUUAGCUCGGCCUUGUACAACUACGAUGCCGCCGUGAAGGUGGCCGCCAACGCUAUUAAGGAACGGGAUGAUGUCAAGACCGCUCUUCAGGAGUUAACAUUGUCCAUAGGGAACGAUGCGAUGGGAGAAGAGGAUCAUGAAAAUGGCUCCAACGGCUUGGAUGUGGCAGUUCCUGUUCAGGAAAUAGAGGCUGCAAGGCAGGAGCUCUUCCAACAACACAAAACUCAGAAGGUUUCGUUGCCGGCGGCUGACGAUGUGAGUAUCAUUUUUGAAGGAGAUGUUUCGAUCAAAAAGUACAAUGCCUUCUUCUUUGAUGAACGAGUGCAGAAAUUGUUGGUCAGUAGUGGUAAGGAAACCACUACUUUAGACUUGGUGACCAAGACUAACACUGUGGCCACUCAAAAAGGGGUUGUGCAACAUGUAAGUUAUAUUGAGUUUGAAGGUUUAGUGGUGCCUGUGUUUGCAAGCAAAAAACAGAUCAAGUUCGAGGGAAUUACAAUCAAGUUUCGGGACGAGAUAGUCGACAUACAACCACACCCGAAGUUGAAGAACAUCUACGCUGUUGUGUGUACCAAGUCGUGGUCUUUGAAUGUGGGUGACAAAAAGUGUUUGUUUGUGCAGUUGGACAAUGAAUACACUGCGACCACCGGCAGUUUCCAUGUCGAUGGAGCCUUGAUGGCCAUUGGAACCACCUCUGGGACCGUCUUAGUGUAUGGAGUUGCUGAUGGGUCUGUGGCUUCCACUUUGGAAAUAAAGUAUCCGACGGUGGAUAAGGUCCAGUUUGGUUUGAAUGGAUACUGGCUCUUUGUAUCAUCCAGUGAUAAAUCCGCUCACAGCUUGCAAGUUUUUGACUUGAGGAAUCACUCGGUUGUUCACACCAUCGACUUUGAAGAGCUUAAUGACUUCGCAAUUGACCAAUCAUGCUCUUUACUAUUGACUUGCAACAGUAAGGAGAUCAGUUUCCAUAAGUAUACUAAGAAAGGGAAGACUUGGAAUGAUUUCUUCAAGAGCGUUGAAGUGGAGUCUACGAGGAACUUGGUGAUCACAAAAUUUGAGAAUGGAGUGAUUCAUGGAGUGCAGUUGGGGGAUUCCAUCAAGAACUUCAAGAUCGAGUUCAAUUAAACGACAACUGAGCUAUCAAAACUGGGUACUUCUAUAAAAAAGCAACCUUCCUACAAAUUGCCAUUCAACAAAACAUCAUUUUGGCACCUUAUAUACGUUUAGAUUCUGUAUUAUAUCGCAACAUUAGCUGCAAAAUACUUGGGUGUGCGAGUUAUUUACUGCAAACCCCUAUUUAUCACUGGUGCAGAUAUGAGACACUUUGAGUAUGAUUUGUACAUGUCUCAACUAGAUUUCUGUGAAACUAACAUUUCAUUUAUCAAACAAUAAAGGUUGCAAAUGGAGUCGGUUUGAUUUUGCGGAACGAGGUACAAAAACUGAGUACUAGAUUCUAGGUUUUUUCUAUUCUAUAACUCAAACCCUGUGCUUAUGUAGUAGUUAGGAUUGUCGAGUACAACUUUCAACAUCUUAAAUGCCCUGUUCCCUGUCCUUGAAAAGGAUAUCUAUAAGGCUUUGCCGAAAGCCACAAAUCUAUCAAGACUCCUAUUCAUAAAUCCUUUGAGUAAUGGGUCCCAAUAACCCUGGUUUAAUUUUUUGCUCGUGCAGACUACAAAAAAUACCCCAGAAAAUACCUAAACACUGCCGUUUGCAAAUCUCCACACCUCGUAUUACAGCAUAUUAUCCUCGCUUAUAGAGGCGACGCUCAACUGCAUCUCGAAAAGUGUUCAAAAUACUAAAGGCGACAUCAUCAGAAAAUUGUCCGGAUUGAGGGUAUUUUUCACACAACACGGCAAACUAUUAGAUAAUCUUGUAGUGUAAAUAAUAUUUAAAU